GAGCCAUGCAUCCUACAAGUGGAGGAAAAGCUGAAAGGCCACCGAAAAAGCGAUAUUCUGAGACAUCUCAAGAAUCUUUCACAUUUUUUUCAUUGGGCACAAAUGGAGGACCAUUAGAGUCAGAUUGUAGUGCGCAUCUUCUUUCCGAUGGGCGUUUCCAGGAGAUAAUUUCGAUUGAUGGAGGAGGACAUCUUUCUGCGUUAGCGGAACUCAUAGAAAGAAAGCAACUGACAGUCGACGUUGAAGAGAGAGAUUCUCAGGUUGCAACGAAGGGUAUUUCGCAAGACAAUGUAUAUGCGAAAGCUUGGUUGUUUUCUGAACAGCGUAUCAAAACAUUUUUAAUCUCACACUGCCAUUUUGAUCAUAUUUACGGUUGUGUUAUCAACAGCGCUAUGUUUGGUCCCCAAAACCCAAGGACGAUCGUGGGAUUGGACUAUGUAAUCAAUACCCUUAAAAAGCAUGUUUUCAAUAACCAAGUGUGGCCUGCGUUAGAUAAAGCCGGUUUUAUAAAUUUCAAGAUAAUCGAUGAAACCAUGUAUACCAACAUAACCUCUUCCUUGUCUAUAUUACCUUUUCCCGUGAAUCAUGGUUCGUCAUUUGGCCAUGAGUUGAAGUCAUCGGCAUUCUUCAUUCGAAACGGUUUAACGGACCGGUAUUUCCUAGCCUUUGGGGACGUAGAACCAGACAAAGUAGCGUCAGAUCCACUGAAUAUUUAUAUUUGGAAAAUGUGCGCUAAUCUUAUUGCUAAAAAGAAGUUAACUCAUAUAUUAAUUGAAUGUUCUACUCCUGAUAUACCUGAUCCAUUAUUGUUCGGCCAUUUUUGUCCUCGGCACUUAGUGGAAGAGUUAUGCUCCCUUCAGUCUCUCGUUAUCGGUUUAGGUGGGAAUAUGGAUAAUAUUACUGUGCUAAUAACUCAUUUGAAGUCUCAUCCUCUUCAGACAAUAGAUCCUGCAGCCGUCAUCAUGGAGCAGCUUGAAGCUUUAAGUAAGCAAUUUUCCCUAUCUGUUACAUUUAAAAUCGUGCAACGAGGACAGUUCUAUAGAUUUUCCUAACAAUGGUUUUACGGUCGUUGUUUGAGAUUUUAUAUUCAGUCUGCAGUAUGCAAUGUGUAUGGUUAUAAUCAUUCGAAUUUCAUUGUUUUUAGAAUUACUUUCCGUUGCACUUACUCUUUUUUUUUCUGUUUCCUUUUUUCUUAUAAUACAAAAAUUUGGCAUCACUUACCUCCAUCAUUAGAAUUUUUAUACACUAAAGCGAUUGGAAUUUUGGUCAUAAGGGAACAUCCCUGUUAAUAAAAGCUCGAUGUUUACUAAUUCGAUUUCAAUUUGUAUGGGUUAUCUUUUUGGAUUCAAGCAUAACUAUUUAUAGUCUGAAAACGAUGGUUACUAUAGUUGCGAAACGGAAACCUCUUCAUGAUAUUACAUUUAAUAAAUCUAUAAGCGCAUUUCAACAUUACAUACACGACAUGUUUAUACGGCCAAAAAGGGGUCCCUUCUUUACUUAUGAAACAUACGUAUAAGCAGUAGACUUGAGUUGUUGUUGAUCAAGCUGAAAAAAGUCAAUAUUUUGAAUAAGUUCAAAAAGGUUUCCUGCUCAUUCUUCAAGUAGCUUGAGGAGAAAAAAAAAAGAAUGAAUAUUAUAAGUAUAGGCAAGCAUUAGAAGAGAACAACAAUGUUAUGCAAAAGCAAGGAAUUAUAUCAAAGGAGGCUAAGGCGUAUAGUUUAAAACAUUGAAGUGGUUGUUUUUUUCUUACCCAACUGCAUACCCUUCACCCGAGGGGCAGAUGCAGCCUUUGCAGCAGAAUGAUAUGACUCCAUAGCAGAUUCUUCUUCUGCGUUAGCAGCCAUAGUAGUGUUGACGGUUUGAUAUCCAGCCGAUUCAUAAAUAUCAGAUGCAGGGUGAGAAGCAGCACGCCUAGCAUCUUUCUUUUGCAUUUCCAAUUGUUUGAUCCGUCGUUUUCUUUCUUCAGUUGCUUCUAAUUCUUUGUUCUAAACAUGUGUGUUAGUGGUCACAGAAUUUUGGCAAAAGGAGAGACAAUUCGUGGAAGGAUGUGUGCAUUUGCAAAUAAACGGAAUCCUUUCUCCAAACCAUUGAUCGAUCGAUCCACGGAGCAUGCAAAUUAUUUGUAGUACGUACCCUUGAGACAAUUUCUUGAAUCUUUUCUUCGUGACUUUCCAUUUCCAAAUACAUUUUGACUUGAGGGAGCGUAACAUUAUCCCGAUAACCAAGGCUCGUAACUUCAUCAAAUGCAAUGAAAAUCUCAAAAGCAUAUUCCAAAAUCUCUCUUUCAUCAGAAGACGGGCAUAUAGAGGUUAAUGCUUGGGACAGCAAAUGAAGAGUAUCAAUGUCUUGUAAAAUAUUGGAUUGCAAGUUUGUCGUUAAAACCAUGUACAGUUCAUCAAAAGGUUGAUAUACAAAACGAACGUUUUCUGUCUCGACUGUCGUAUUUUGGGAUUUUCCAGAAACCAAUGCAGGAAAUGAUGACAACAGACUCUCUACACGAGCUCUAGACAUUUCACGGAAUUGACGGGAAAUAAUGGCUAUUCAACCUGUUAACUAUCUUUCUAUCCUCAGCAAGCAACCAACAAAUCCUAUUACCACGAACCUUUACCACCUCGAUUCACAAUACUUGCUGCUAAAACAACCUAACGGGAAUUAGCAUCUCUAUUUUCUUCUUGUACCAUACCAUUUUUUAAAAGUAAUUGCUUUCUAAUUGUAGCAGACAAAUCUAUGAUUUUGUUAAUGGAAGGUGCUUUAUCUUGGUGUUGCAUGAAAUGAGAAGUUUACGAACAAUAACGGUAUCGUUAUGCCGAAUACGGAGUCUCAAGACAUUGUUAGAGUGAAUAAGAAAAGUCUUUCAUCAUCCGCUAGAAAAGGAAU